AUGAAACGUGAUGAGAGCGACGAUAGCGUCGGGUUCUUAGGAGCUUACGAUGGGAUGAUGUCGGGGAUGUUGGAUCAACCUCGGACUUUCGUGAAGCUUGUCCCGGAGUGGGCCACGGCUGGGCUGGGUUUUGAAGGCGGCGCCGACUCCAGCGACGGUGCGGAGGCGAAGAAGUUGAGCCUCUUCGUCGCGGACGUCUUUCCAUUGCUGCACGUCAAUCGACGCGUGCCACUUUCACCGCACGCUUCAUCCGAUGAGACGCACGGGGUGCACCAUUUCUUGACCAGACUGCCGGCGCUCGGCAAGGUGGAAUUACGAGCGAAAGACAACAGGCUUCCCACGAGCUUUGAUGCGCGCGUUGCGUACCCGAAAUGCUCUCGACUUUUAGGCGCGGUCAGAGACCAGGGUAGAUGUGGGUCCUGCUGGGCCGUUGCGGCGACGGAAGUCAUGAAUGAUCGUCUCUGCGUCGCCACUGACGGCGAAAACGCGGACGAGCUCUCGCCCCAAUACGCCCUCUCGUGCUUCGACAGCGGCUCAGGUUGUGACGGUGGCGACGUCUUAGACACUUUACGGAUCGCAUUCACCAAGGGUAUACCAUACGGUGGUAUGUUAGACUCGAACGCGUGCUUACCGUAUGAGUUUGAGGCGUGCGAUCAUCCAUGCAUGGUUGCUGGCACGACGCCGCAGAGCUGUCCAGCGAAGUGCGCGGACGGUUCCGCCUUGUCCUUUGUUCACCCCACAUCCGAGCCAUACACGUGCCCAAAAGGAGACGUCACGCACACGGGCUCGGGUGUGUACACGGUCCCCAACGACGCUGGCGAGCCACUCGGACAGCACGCGACGAAGCUCAUCGGUUGGGGGGUCUCGGAAGAGGGAGAACAUUACUGGUGGAUGGUGAACUCGUGGAGAAACUGGGGUGAAAACGGCGUGAGCAAAGUGCGCAUGGGUGAGAUGAAUAUCGAGUCGGGCAUUGCCGCGAUCGCCAUGAAGUGA